AUGGCAAACAUGUAGUCCGAAGUCCUGAUCAAUUUAAAGAGUCUAUCAGGAGAUGGCAUGUGCAAGCGAUGAACCGAUGCGGUUAAUAGAUGCAUGUAACGACUUGGAUAGUCAUGAUAUUGCAUCGUUCAAAUAUCUUUGUCAAGAUGAUAUUGGCCUUAAUAAUCUAGAAAACUGCAUCGAAGUGACUGAUAUAUUAGACUUACUUUCAAAUAAGGAAUCUUUAUUGCAUUACGUAGGACAUCGCUUGCAUUUGAUGGAAAAACCCUGCUUGAUUAAAGGACUCGGGCUGGAACUUGAAGCAAUAAAAACGGCAGUUGAAGGCAACAACCGGAGUACUAUAACGCCAUACAGAAAAGUUUUAUUCAAUAUUGCACAAGACCUGGGAUCGAAAGAUGUAACAUCGAUGAUAGAGAAAGCAAAAGAUUGUUUACAAAAUUUCACACCUGCAGUUCGUAAAAUAGAAAAAAAUGGAAAAAGUGGGAAAAUAUUUAACUUUUUCAACGUUUUGGAAGAGAAAGAUCAUUUAUCAUCAAGCAACAUCUCCUUUCUAUACCAACUAUUGUUUGACAUUAGCCGUGACGACCUUGCUAAAUUAUUGAAACCGCCUAAGGAUUUUAAUCUGAAAGACUUCUAUCCUGUGAAUCAAAGACAACGAGGAAAAUGUUUAAUAAUCAACAAUACCAAAUUUGAAGACGAUCUUCUAGACAGAAAGGGUUCUAAUUUCGAUGCCGAGGAACUCUCAAAAACAUUCCAUCAGCUGAAUUACCAAAUCAUGACAUGUGGAGAUCUUCGAGCUGAGGAGAUACUUGAUUAUCUGAAUACCGUAUCAAAGCUAGAUCACAGUGAUGGCAGUUCUCUUGUAGUCUGUAUAUUAUCCCAUGGAAGUCUACGUACAGUUUGUGGAGUAGAUGGUUUACACAUUCCAUUAAGAAACCUUACUGAAAAAUUUACAGCAUCAAAUUGUAAAAGUUUAGCGGGAAAACCCAAAUUAUUUUUUAUUCAGGCAUGCCAAGGAAAGAAGGAACAAAUUCUUCCUCAUCACAGGAAACAGAAGUACUCCCAAGAGUCAGAACUACCAGGAACAAGACAAGUAGAGAGUGCUAGAAAUGAUAUUAUCGUCAUGGACACAGACGAGAAUGAAACUGUUGCAGACGUCAUUCCUGAAGAAAGCGACUUUUUACUAGCGUUUUCUACUGCACCUGGAUGGUCUUCGUACAGAGAUCCCGAUAAGGGAUCGUACUACAUACAAAAGCUAUGUGAACAAAUACAAAAAGAGUGUAUGAGGCACCACUUGCUUGAUAUACUAACAGAUGUAAACAACAGAAUUAGCAAAUGUGAUAUACCAAUUAAAGAUGGCCAGAUAGUGAAAACCGUGCCUUCUCAUUUUUCUUCUCUAACCAGAAAACUUUAUUUUUUUCCAGAAAAUAUUCGGUAAUUGGUACCAUCUGCAAAUUUGCAGUCAAAGAGUUUUAUGACUACCACUUAUUUGAUAUUUUUACAGUGUUUUUUUUAUGUAUGCUGGUAAAUUGAAAGCAACCAUAAAUCAUUUUUAUCUGUACAUCAAAUUUUUUAAGAACUGUCUCUUUGGGUUGAAAGGAAAGGAUCGAAAUGGCAGCCAUUAAUUGUCCCAUGAAAUGUCAAAAACUCUCAAAUUCAAUAAUCAAGCAAAUUUAUGUUUUGUUUUUUUAAGGGGGUGGAAGGAGGGGAGGAGGGGUUAAAUCAUUAAAAUGAUUUAAAACGAUUACGAGGUUAAAUUCUAAUGAGUGAAUUUUAUUUCAGUAACAUAUACAUUACGACAUAAUUGAUCGAAACGUUCUUUUAACAUUAUUGCUUAUGUUUGAAAUUUAAAUGUGAAAAGCAGACCUUCUGAUAUAGAUAAUGUCUUUUCAUACGACCUCGUUUGGCAAACUAUUAUACGAAAACUUUUAAAUGUUAUUUAGGCAUUUUUCUUAAUUUUUUAAGCAUUACUGAAAUAUGACAAUCAACAUUCAGCCAUACUAUAUUCGGUAUAUUACAUUUUUGUAUACUGUUAAUUGACAGAUUAGUAACUUGUAGGAAUCUUUUGAAUGAUAUUUGAUAGAUUGAGAAUUCUUUGCAAUGUUUAAUUCAGGAGGUCGCAAUCAUCUGUUUGCUAACAAAUUGAUUAAGCAAAAAUAAGGCAUAUAAGACCACUGAACAGCAACCCAAAAACAAAAUCCCACUAAGACAGUUCAACAUCAAACUAAUUUUCUAUAAAUUAACUUGUUAUACAAAAUACCAAGUUUUAAAUCGUCCCUAAUAAUGUUCCUUUUGGUCCUUGUUUGUUUUGUUACUUGAACACCCUUGGUUUUCAAAUAUUUGGCUUCGAACGUUCCUGAUGAAGAAAAAUCCAGACGUAUAAAACAUUUCUUAUUUUAAUUAGUCCCCUAUCGACGAAGUGGAAGGGGACUUUAGGUUUGCAUUCCGUCCGUCUGUCCGUCUGUCCAUCUGUCCGUCUGUCCAUCCGUCAGUCCGGCAAAUCAGCUUUCCACACUUUUUUUCUGGUAUAUAGUUUUAUCAUGACAAGUUAUAGAUCAAGUUCAGAUUUUGUUCCGGUCUGAUGAUUUAGUCUAGAGUUAUGGACCAUAACUCUGAACCAUAUCUAAUGUUAGAGUUCUAUGUUAAACCAUAUUUCUGUACAAAGGGAGAUAACUCAUUUUUUAAAAGACAUUCUUUGUUAAAUUAUUUGAAGAAUUUUUUGAAAGGUUUGUUUGUUUUAUAGUAUAAACUAAUUUUUUGAAUGCUAUAUAUAUAAAAAAAAAAUAUGAAGAAAAAUCCUUUAAUUAAAUAAUAAUCUAUUUUUAUUAAUGUUCAUAUUUCAAUACAUUACAUUGUGUAGAUAAAAGUUGUUGACAUUUUAUAGAUAAGUUACAAAUCUAUAUUAGUUUGUGACAAUUGAAAGAAAAAAAUAUUUGGAACUAUUAAUUAUAUCUGAUUAUAAUUUGAAAAUAGAUAUACAAUGUAUUACAUCAUAUCUAAUUUUAGAGAACUAUUAAUCAUAUCUAAUGUUUUUUCAUCAUGCUUAUAAGAUAUUGAUUGAUAAAUGGUAUAUAGUUUUAUCAUGACAAGUUACAGAUCAUGUUAAAAUUUUUGUUUUGGUCUAAUAUUUUGUGCAGAGUUAUGGUCCUUGGACUUGAAAAAUUCACUCAUAUAAUCAGUUUUCCACACUGUUUUUAGUCAUGCUUGAAGAUAUUGACAUGCUAUUUACUUUUGUUUACACCAUGACAAGUUAUAGAACAAGUUAGCAUUUUGUUCCAGUAUAAUGAAUUUUUAUCAGGUAGGGGACUAUGUAUUGCCAUGCCAUCCUCUCAGAAUGCUUGUUUAUAAAAUGUUUUUACUUCAUUUUCAAAGCACUGGUCGAUACUGCUGCUUGUAGACUAUAAGUCCAAGGUGUCUUGAUCAAUAGUCAAUGCUGCGGUAAUGACAUGGUUUAUAACAAACCUUUCUUAAAUUGUCCGUGUAUGAAUUAUAAGUCCCUCAGGCAAAAGUGACAUAAUUUGGAUUUGGCUAUCAUUUUAGGUCCUUUUUGCUAGAAAAACAUUUGUGAUUUUUAGCGUUCCAGAUGAGGGUCAAUCCAGAAAAGCGCUUCGGACGCAUACAAUGAAAACAAAGUUAUUUUCAUAUUUUUUAGUAAAGUAUAGUGACUGUAUGAUAUCAAAAGCAUGAUCUUUGUACAUAUCUUGUUAUGCAUUUUUAUGUAGUGAAAAGACCUCUGAUAUAUUUCAUUUAACUUUCUAUAAUCAUUCAAUAACUUUUUGUCUAUCAGAAUUUGAUGCCUUAACUGAACACCAAAUCUCUAAAAUUUCAAAAUACAAUUGCAAUAUUUAUCAUACGAUUUUCAAAUAUUAUGGUUAAUUUCAAACUAAGGAUACAGUUCUAUAAGGGAUAUAAUCAUGCAUAUAUCAGUGGUAUGUCCAACUUCAUAAGACUUAAGUUACAUUUUUUUCAGACACCGUAAACCAAUAUGAAUGAUGGCAGCAAUUGUUUUUUAUUUAUGAUUUUUAUAUCUUUGUUUUCAUACUAAUUGAAUGUAUAUUUUUUUUUUAUUCUAUCAGUUUAAUACAUGUUAUAAGCGGCAUACUUAAUUUAACCUUUUACAGCCAAUUUCACGUACAAUUUCCCUACUUUGUCAUGUAUCGGCAUACAGAAAGAUUGACUUUAACGAUUGCCAAAAAUAUUUAUUACCAAUGUCGCGACCAGAACAUUAAGCGAUAUAGUCUCCUGGUAUCCCGCGUUUAUUAUUGGCAACCGGUUGUAUUCAAAUUACCGAUAACGUUUCAAAAUACUUUGGGGUCUUCAUUGCAGUCCGCGUUUACGUUAUUAAAAUACAAAACAAUACAAAAACUAUACCAUGUAUACGUUAAAGCGUAGAUAUAAUAUUUCAGGAUAUAAACAAAAUUGCUUUAUAUCAUGUGUCAUAUUGAUUUAUUCAAAAUCUGUUUGUUGUUCCUAUUGGGUUUCAUUUAUACUUAUGAUGAAUUUAGAAAAACUAUCACUAUAACGUGUUUCAGUACAAUUUUAUUCAUGUACUAUGUUUAUUCAAUUUGUUUCAUUUUAGUCGGACAGGCGCUUUAAUAAAUAAUUAUCAUUUUCUAUUCAAAGAUAGUAUCAUUUGACAUUAAUUUAAAGUGUUGUGUUUUAUUUAUAAUUGUUUACAUUGUUAUCGCAUAAAUUCACAAAAUCGGCAGCUAUACGUAGCAUACAUUUUUACUAUCUAUAAGGAAGCAAGCAUGCACAAAUAAAACCCAAACUUUUUUAUUCCUUGUAUCGUCCAAAGUAAUUAUGAUAUAUGGUAUAAAUGUACAUAUAGCAUGUAGAUAGGUAUGUUUUUACGACUUUUGAUGGCAAAGUGAAUUCCUUUCUACAAAACUGACAAACGCUUGAUUUGAGGUAGAGGCAGGCAGACUAUGGAAGUGAAGUCAUCUUGGUAAUAGUUGAUAAUAAAUAAAUCAGGAUUCUCGCCAAAAAAAACAGAUUACAAAUCUAAAAAAAUCCACAAAAUAGGUUUGUCUAGUAUAAAGUGAGAAAUUCUCGAGAAAUAAUUCAAUUAUUUCCAAGCAUUGUCUAAAAUUGCGUGAAAUUAUUAACAUCUGACAUUAGGUACGAAAACAAUCAAGAGAUUCAUAGUAAAAGUGUGGUGUUCAUUUUAGGAUUUAUAUAUUUCCAUCAAUCUUAUCUAUUUCAAUGUUAUAUAGCAAUGUUAACACUUAAUUUUUCUUUAUAAGCCAUGUAUCUUAAAUGACAAUAUUAAACUUUGAAAACAAACACGUCUUACAUCUAUAUUCCAUAUAUCUGUAGAAUGAAAUGGAUAUUUUAACACUCUGAAGUAUCCAAGUACACCCUGAGGCGAAGGCAAAGGGUGUAAAGGUUACUGAAGGGUGUUAAAAUAUCCAUAUCUACGAAUAUGAAGAUAUGAAUGUAGAUAACAAAUGUAUCCCCGGUCUUAGACCAAAUCUAUCGAUUUUUAGAGAAAGUUAACCACAAAGUGUAACGUGAAUUCAACCUUUUUUUCAUUAUUUAAAAAUGUUUUAUUGAAAUUUGGUUAUUUGACAUAUUUUUUACCUGUGGUAGAUCCCUUCAAUUAGUCAAAUAUAAGACUUUUUUUAACUGAGAAAGAGAAGCUGGAAUGAGUCAAAUUUGGCGCUCAAUGUUGUGAGAGUGUCAAACGAUUGUUUCCUGUACUUUUGUCAUAUGUACAAAAUGGGAACAGAUAAACUUAAAUAAGAUUUAGAAUGGGAAUGGGAAUGUGUCAAAGAGACAAGUUUUCUCUUGAUUUCAAUUCAAUUUUUACAAUAAAUUUUAUCUUAUGGAUAUAUAUAACGUUUCAGCAUUGACUUUGUAUUUUGAUUUCAAACAUGUUUAGGGUUCCCAAACGUAAAAUAUUGAAUUUCAUGACAUGAGUAUACCAGUGACAAAAAAAUGCAUGUGGUUUUGUAAGCUUGGAUCUCAUGUUUUUGUUUGUAAAUUUUCUGUAGUUGUUUUUUCAUGUAGAAAGUUUAAUCCAAGUGACAUUAAUAGAACUUUAUUGAACCAUUGAUUGUUUAUCUACAUAUCCCUUUUGAUUUGCAUCUAUUAACAAUCCAAUUGAAUUGAAUUUUCACAAAUUUAGAGAUGUAUAUUAUGUUAGAUAUUAGUGUUUUGAUAAAAUUAUGCAAAUCUCAAUAAACAGUAACAUUUUAACCCCAUUUAAAAGUUUAUUUUUAUAUGUAUAAUACAAAUUAUGCAGAUACCUAUGAAUUUUAUUACAAAAUUGCAGUAUGCAAUCUAUUGAUUUUCCUGUUACAAAAAAAGACACUUACAGUUCAUAAUCAUUUUCGCUGUGAAUGCAGUAUACGUACACAGAGAUCCACAAAAACGGCAUUCAUGUUCAAUGGCAUAUCUGGUUCGAAACAUUUUGUCAAAACUCUCAUAACCUAUGAAUGCUAAACGUUCACUUGUUUCCUGUAUUUGCAGGUGUUCAUUUACUGUAUAGGUUAUAUGGAAUAAUAAUGAAGAUAAAACUAUAUUUUCUCCAAACUGUGACACACAAACAUGAAGUAUGCUGCAAUUAUUUGAUUGCAUUCUUAAAAAGCAAUAAUAUACAGAUAAGUACAGUAUCUAAACAUUUCAAUACUUAUGUUGUCUAGUUCUAAGAACGAUAUUCCUAUAGGGAUUACAAAUAAUAUUUUCAAGCAAGUCCAAUUUAAGUUUUCAACAGAAACCACGUAUUAAGGCACACUAGAAAACAAGUUUCGUAAGGUGGUUUAAGUGCAUCAUUGCUUAAUUUUCAAAUUUACAUAAUGGGGUAUUAUUUAAAAGCAGUGGUAGUUAAAAAUGUCUGAAACGACUUCAAUACGAAACUGCACAGGAUUUCGGUGAUUUUUUAAGUCAAAUUAGUUUUCUUCUAUUGUGACAAAAAAAUGGGAUAGUUCAUUCAUAAACAAUUUUCUUUAAAUCAAUAACAGCAGCAUUAUAUCUUUAGGAGAAAAUUACAUGCCUUUGUGGAUUAUUUGUGUACAUUGCUUUCAGUGAUGUGUGAUGCCAUCAGAAAGUGUCUGUAUUUCUAUUUUUGUUUAAAUGCUAAUAUGUCAGAAACAUCUACCUGAUUUGUCUUAUUAUUUGAAAUGUAUUUAUGCAAAGGGUAUAUGAAAACAAUUGUAACUGUUAAAUGAACUGUCAUAUUAUCUUUUCCUUUCAAUAAGUAUGUUUAUGAAAGCCAAAUAUACUUAAAAGAAUACCUAUCUGAUUCCUCAGAACUGUGAACUCUAACCAUGCUCAAGAAAGAACAUUUAAUAACAUACGAUUGAUAAGUGUCCAGAACACAAUUAGUGGUCUUCAUUGUUCGUGUGACAAGAUGAACAGGUGAUGUGUAAUGCAAUUAUUUCUAACAAAGUAUUUCAAGUAUGUUGUCCUCUAGACAGUUAAACAUAAAUAAUUUAAUGGAAAUUGAUUGACUUAUUACUAGAUUCAAUUCUUUUUCAAUCAUUUUAUAAACCUUAUUGGAUAUUAGUUAUCAAUAUUUGCUCAAACUUUGUUAUAUCAUGUUGUUUUUUGUUGUUUUUUGUUUUUCUUAAAGCAAAAAUUGCUCUAGAAAGAGUUUUACUCACACUUAACAUGCAGUAGUUACUGUUUCGUCAUGUUGUUGUAAUGUUGUAAUUAUAUGUAAUGGGCUAGAUGUAUAGGGGAGGGUUGAGAUAUCGCAAAACACGUUUAACCCUGCUUAAUUUUUAUACGACCGCAAAAAAAUUUUUGUGGUCGUAUAUUGGUAUGACGUUGGCGUCGUCGUCGUCGUCGUCGUCGUCGUCCGGCGUCGUCGUCGUCGUCGUCGUCGUCCGGCGUCGUCGUCGUCGUCGUCGUCGUCCGGCGUCGUCGUCGUCGUCGUCCGGCGUCGUCGUCCGAAGACGCAUUAGUUUUCGCACUCUAACUUUAGUUUAAGUGAAUGGAUCUCUAUGAAAUUUUACCAUAAGGUUCAAUACCACAAAAGGAAGGUGGGGAUUGAUUUGGGGUUUAUGGUAUCAACUGUUAAGGAAUAAGGGGCCAAAAAGGGGCCAAAAAUAAGCAUUUUCUAGUUUCCAGACAACAACUGUGGAACGGUGUAUGGAUCUCUCUGAAAUUAUACUACAAGUUUCCAUACCACAAAGGGAUGGUUAGGAUUUGCUUUGGGGGGUUAUUGCUCAAACCGUUUAAGAAUUAGGGGCAAAAAAGGGGGAAAAACAAGGUUGUCCUCAUUAAUGGACAAAUACUUUAGUACAAAACAUAAUUUAAAGCAGUGUAAGGGAGAUAAAUCAAAUACAUCAUUGAAAUUAUCUCCCUUACACUGCUUUUAAAUUAUGUAUAAAGUAAUGGUUAAUGAACAAUUAAGAUAAUUUAAAACAGUGUAAGGGAGGUAAUCCAAAUACAACGUUUUGGUUACUUCCCUUACACUGCUUUUAAAUUAUGUUUAAAGAAAUGCAUAUUUAUAAAGGAAGACCAGUAUGGCGCAUUAGAUUUGUAAAAUCUUUGACCACAUUUAUUUAUUUGUUAUGCUGAAUCUAACCAUGUAUUUAGAUUUUUUAUUUGUGCACCCCGCUAUCAAAUUGGUUCAUAUUGAGGUCAAAAGGGUCCAAAAUUAAACUUUGUUUGAUUUCAUCAAAAAUUGAAUUAUUGGGGUUCUUUGAUAUGCCAAAUCUAACUGUGUAUUUAGAUUUUUAAUUUUGGGUCCUGUUUUUUUAAAUUGGUCUACAUUAAGGUCCAAAGGGUCCAAAAUUAAACUUAGUUUGAUUUGAACAAAAAUUGAAUUCUUGGGGUUCUUUGAUAUGCUGAAUCUAAACAUGUGUUUAGAUUUUUGAUUAUGGGCCCAGUUUUCAAGUUGGUCCAAGUUGGGGUCCAAAAUUAAACUUUGUUUGAUUUCAACAAAAAUUGAAUAUAUGGGGUUCUUUGACAUUCUGGAUCUAAACAUGUAUUUAGAUUUUAGAUUUUUGGUCCAGUUUUCAAGUUGGUCAAAAUUGGGGUCCAAAAUUAAACUUUGUUUGAUUUCAACAAAAAUUGAAUAUAUGGGGUUCUUUGAUAUGCUUAAUUCUACCAUGUAUUUAGAUUUUUUAUUUGUGGGCCCGCUAUCAAAUUGGUUCAUAUUGAGGUCAAAAGGGUCCAAAAUUAAACUUUGUUUGAUUUCAUCACAAAAUUUAAUUAUUGGGGUUCUUUGAUAUGCCAAAUCUAACCGUGUAUUUAGAUUUUUAAUUUUGGGUCCCGUUUUUUAAAUUGGUCUACAUUAAGGUCCAAAGGGUCCAAAAUUAAACUUUGUUUGAUUUCAACAAAAAAUGAAUAUAUGGGGUUCUUUGAUAUGCUGAAUCUAAACAUGUAUUUAGAUUUUAGAUUUUUGGCCCAGUUUUCAAGUUGGUCCAAAUUGGGGUCCAAAAUUAAACUUUGUUUGAUUUCAACAAAAAUUGAAUAUAUGGGGUUCUUUGAUAUGCUGAAUCUUACCAUGUAUUUAGAUUUUUUAUUUGUGGGUCCGCUAUCAAAUUGGUUCAUAUUGAGGUGAAAAGGGUCCAAAAUUAAACUUUGUUUGAUUUCAUAAAAAAAUUAAUUAUUGGGGUUCUUUGAUAUGCCAAAUCUAACCGUGUAUUUAGAUUUUUAAUUUUGGGUCCCGUUUUUUAAAUUGGUCUACAUUAAGGUCCAAAUUGGGGUCCAAAAUUAAACUUUGUUUAAUUUCAACAAAAAUUGAAUAUAUGGGGUUCUUUGAUAUGCUGAAUCUUACCAUGUAUUUAGAUUUUUUAUUUGUGGGCCCGCUAUCAAAUUGGUUCAUAUUGAGGUCAAAAGGGUCCAAAAUUAAACUUUGUUUGAUUUCAUCAAAAAUUGAAUUAUUGGGGUUCUUUGAUAUGCCAAAUCUAACCGUGUUUUUAGAUUUUUAAUUUUGGGUCCCGUUUUUUAAAUUGGUCUACAUUAAGGUCCAAAGGGUCCAAAAUUAAACUUAGUUUGAUUUUAACAAAAAUUGAAUUCUUGGGGUACUUUGAUAUGCUGAAUCUAAACAUGUGUUUAGAUUUUUGAUUAUGGGCCCAGUUUUCAAGUUUGUCCAAGUUGGGGUCCAAAAUUAAACUUUGUUUAAUUUCAACAAAAAUUGAAUAUAUGGGGUUCUUUGAUAUGCUGAAUCUAACCAUGUAUUUUGAUUUUGGACAUUGGACCAUAAUAGGUAAAUUAACAAAAUUGAAGUUCUUAGACCACAUUCUUUCUGUGUCAGAAACCUAUGCUGUGUCAAAUAUUUAAUCACAAUCCAAAUUCAGAGCUGUAUCAAGCUUGAAUGUUGUGUCCAUACUUGCCCCAACUGUUCAGGGUUCGACCUCUGCGAUCGUUUCAAGCUGCGCCCAGCGAAGCAUUUUAUUGCAUCUGUCCCAAGUCAAAAUCCUCUGUCAAUUGUUAGUAUUGUUUUUUUUUUUGUAAUUUUGGUUCAUUUAUAUGUUUCGGAGUAUAGUGUGACGACCAUAUUCACUGAAAUAGUACACAUUUUUUUGUUUAAGGGCCAGCUGAAGCCGCAUCCGGGUGCGUUAUUUUCUAGCUGUGUUGAAAACCCAUUGAUGGCCUUGGGCUGUUUUCUGCUCAAUUGUCGGAUUGUUGUCCGUUUUUAUUUUUAAUUUUAAUUGGUAGCCUUUUCGUAUAUGUAUCAUUUGCACAUUCUAAAUUUUUCAAUGCCACAUGCAGUUUUCUUUUUGUAAGAUACAACCUCUGUCAUCAUAUCACCAUGCAUGUCAAUAACUUUGUAAUGUUAUAAAAAAAAAAGAGAAACAAAUCUUGAGCUUUUUAGAGUGUCUUUGCUCCAGGGUUAAUUUUCAUACUCAUUUCCUAUAUUUUUAACUCACGUUAGCCAACACUUUCCGAAUCGGUUCUAUCUUUAUUUGAUAAGAGUACUGAAAAAGAACCUAAUACUGUAAUUAUUAUGUCAAGUGAACGAGUGAUUUGAUCUUUAGAGCUGAUAUACAAUGUGGUUUCGUCCGCUAAUUUAUCUAUGAUUAGACUAUGUUUUUUUUCUUCAUCUAACUAGUUUUUUAUCAUUUCGAUGUUAUUAUCUAUUCUGGUUUCACAGGCUAAUAUUUUAAUAUGCAAAAUUUCAACUGUUAAAACAAUUAGAAUGGCGCUUAAAUGACAUCCUUGAAGAAUUCUCCUAUGAAUAUUUAGUGGGUUAAACAUCUAUCCUCCAUUUGCUGUACAGGCUUUAAUAUUUUUAUACACGAUUUUUACCAACUGUAACAUUACUUUUGAAUUCCAUUCUUUAAACAUGUGUUUUAAUUUGAUUUUUAAUUUUAAACUACAUGAAACAUACAUAUGUAAGUAUCAGGCUAAACUAUCUAUAAACUUGUAACAUUUAAAAGCUAACAUGAAAAAAAGAGAUGACAUAGAAAUAUACAAUAUCUCUGCAAUUCAUCAAGCAAAAUUGAUUUGAUUUUAGGUGACACUCAUUUGUAAUAGAAAAUUUGAUUUUUGUAGAAUUAAAAUAUAUUACAAACAUA